GGUCAAUGAGUAGGAAUAGUGAGACACACUACACUGAUCUAUUUAUUUUCUUUCUCAAGAAUUCCCUCAUUGAUUAGCCAAGACGCUACCACAGAGGAUUAACUUUUCACUGCUAGAGCUCUCCUUGGACAAUAACAGUUGUCUCCCCAAAACCCGCCAGACGAUUUUUCCCUGUGGCGUUUCUGUUGGAGAUUUUGCUGCCCACUGGACAGACUGGAAUUUACUCAGAUUUUUUUUCCCUGUGAAUUACAAAUGUAUCUUUGGGAAUAGAGGGCUUGGGUGCAAGUGUAUAAUGUAAGCUGAUUGGAUUGCCUGGGAGUUUAACAAGUUGAUCAGCACACUUUGCGAGCUUCAAUCUCUGAAGGAAGGGGAGGAUACUAUAAAAAUAUGGCAAAGCAAGUCUUGCUAGUUCUGGUAGCUGCUCUGCUCUGCACAGCCCUGGUCACUGCCAAGCCAUCAGGCAAGCGACGGGUCCAGGAACUCGAAAACGAGGUUGGCGGCAGUACCAGUGGCCUGGUUUACGAGCUGAUGGACAAGAUGCAGAGACUCACCGACGAAGUUGACGAACUGAAACGACGCCAAAACGAACUGCUGAAAAGGGAGUAUGGGCCGGUGGAGAUACUGGACAAGCCCAUUACAAAAAUUGUUGGUCCGUCACCGUUGGAUUGUCAAGAAGCCUUGAUUCGCCAACCUUUAGCCGAGAGCGGUCUAUACUACAUCAAACCCAGAGGAGUGUUUGAGCCCAUCCCAGUCUACUGCGACAUGGAUAGCGAUGGAGGUGGCUGGACGCUCCUCCAGCGCCGACAGGACGGUUCCGAGGACUUCAACCGCAACUGGCAUCUCUACACCCGCGGCUUCGGUUCCCUCAGCGGGGAGUUCUGGUUGGGCAACGAGUUCAUCCACAUCUUGACGAAGCAGUACAACUACAAGCUGCGCGUGGAGCUGACGGGUUGGGAGGGGCAGCGGCUCUACGCCGAAUACUCCGACUUCUCAAUCGGUUCCCUGCGCACGUCCUUCAAGCUGCGACUUGGGGAGUUUCUCGGGGGCAACGCGACCGACGCGCUCAGCUAUCACAACAAGAAGCCCUUUACAACCAUCGACAACGACAACGAUGACAGCGAUAGUAUCAACUGCGCCGUCGUACACAACGGCGGGUGGUGGUUUAAGAGCUGCGAUCGGUCCAACCUGAACGGGUUGUACUACCACAGUCCACAAUACAUGUACCAGGGAGAUUGGGACGACGGGAUUGAGUGGAAGGAAACAGACGGAAGCCUGCCGUUUUAUUCCUACAAAGCAACUGAGAUGAAGAUUAGACGAAUGGACUAAAAAAAAAUGGCACAGUGUGCUAUAAAAACAUUUUUACCUCAAAGGUCCAUUUGAUGAGCCUCAUACGGUAGCAAGAUCACCUUUUGGUCUAGCUUACUUUAUUGACGCCCAACUUUUAUUCACUGUGCUGUACUCCCAUUCUGCACGGUGGAGCCUCGUGUUUGGCAGCCAAUAUGAAGAGUUGAUACCGAUCAAGAAUGGCAAACGAUGAGUGUGACAAAGACAAUUUAACUUUUUGUCAAAAAAAGUUGCCUGUUAUUUCCCCGUAAUCCAUCACACUUGAGAUCACACACCUGCAAAGUUGACUGACAUUUACAUGUACUUGAUUCAAUUAUGCGGUGAGCAGUUUUUAUCACCAAAUGCCGGAUUUGGGUUUAUUUGCUCAAUCUCCAAGAAUUCCCCGCGGUCUACGUGUUGACGUACACGUAUGUGACGUUACAAAGUGACUAAUACACACGUGCAGCAGGUUUACGUGUAACUUGUAGCAACUGCAUUAACAGCUAGAUUUGGCGGAUACUGGACACUUCUCGUGAUUACUUAGCACGACCAUUUUUUUUCACCCGUUAUCGCAUUUCUGAAUUAGGGAAAACAGCAUUUUGAGGAAGCGAAAAUUCGUUUUCGGCAUGAUCCAAGAAUUCCGCCGGUAAUCCUUGAUCCUAAAAUGUGCUACUGAUGAACGAUGGUAAUUGAUGUACUCAAUAGUAACACAAAUUAAAGGAUGUGAACAAUUUUUUUAAGAAAUUAAUCACCGCUGUUCAAAGUUUAAAGUUGUAAAUUUGGAGGAAAAAAAUUUGGAAUAGUACAUGUCCUUAAUGAUGUUAAUGCUGACAAACAUGACCUGACUUUCUUUAGGGUUCAGGGAUGUUAAUUCAACGAUCGGCCUGUUUCUUUCAUCAUUCAUAAUUAUCUCUCUCUCUCUGGCUUUGGAAAGGCCUUGGAAAUACUCCUAACAAACAGAAUUUUGGAGAAAUUAAGAUUUGUGAAGUCUUUUUCGAUGAGAAAGUACAGAAAGACUUACAAACAUACAUGUAAUACUGAGAACUGCUUUGGCCAAGUUUUGCAAGUGCAAGUUCGUUCCUCAAGAAGACGGAAAGUAACUGUAUAUUUUGUAUAUUUUGCAGGCACUAGUGCCAACUAAAAUUGUUUAGUCUCUAUGGUAUGAAUUACUUACGUACGUGAUUAUGCAGCACAGUUGAUUGUCGAAGGGUAAAGACAAUAUAGUUUGGUCAAAGCAUGUAUGAGGAUGACAUACUAGUUGUUGAAAUGUUAUGUUCACCAGAAAAAAAGAAAACUGUGAUAAUGCACUUCAUUUUUCUCGACGCAAACCGCAGGUUUCUGUUGAAAGCGUAGAGGUUUGGUCCUUACCACCGCGAGGAAAUAAUGGUAAUUCCUCUUAUUUUCUCGAAAAUUAGAGCCUUCUUAAUGCAGCUACAUGUAGGUGCAAUGAUUUCACAGGAUGCAUGAUAUUAUCAGUCCUUCUGGUUUGAAAAUCACAGGUGUGUAGAAAAAGGCACACCUGGAUUUUUUUAGGCGUGUGAUUUUUCUAGGCGUGUGAUU